GAUUAAUAGCAGCCAUGACUGAAGAGUAUUGGAGGAGCUACAUGAAGAAGAAGGAAAUCACUGAUAAGAAUAUCUUUGUAACUGGGGUCAGAGAUGUCCUCAGGCAGGAAGCUAUAAAGAACAAGCAUCCUGAUGAGCUCCAUGGUAUUUGUAAGACCGAUAAUAAUUAUUGGAGGCACUAUCGAGCGUCUACGAAACUUACUAUUGAUGAGCUAGCCAUGAUGAUCUGUAAGGACACAGGCUGAGACCUUGCCUACUGACAGAUGCAAAUGCAUAAGCCCAAACUGGGUAGGAAACAAGCCUUUAGGGACUGAUCUAAUGAAUUCUCUGAUUUUAGGAAUUGAUUCUUAAGAGAAAAGAGGCUUUUUAAGAGUUUGGUUAGCAAAGAAGACCAAGAAGAUCCCAAUGCCAUUCCUAAUUAUCUUGAGAAAGUCUUCCUACAGAAGGAGAAGGAUAAGGUUAAGAGGAAAAUGAUGGGAGAUGAUAUUGAUAUUCAGGAUAAAGUUGAAAACUUCGAGGACUCCUCAAAUGUCCAGUUCGUUGAUACUUCCAAGUUUGACAAGAAGAUGGAGGAGAAGUAUAUGUAAACUGUGGAUUUGGAAAUUUAUAGCAGAGUUUCAACUUUUAA